AUGGCGUUCCCUAAAGACUACGCAUUUUUUGUGCUUAUCUUGUUUCCUUGUUCUCUCCAUGUAGUUCAUGCAUUGAAUUACGCUACGUUUAGUUCUGGUGACGGCAAUUUCAUGUUGCAUUGGGCCUAUAGCAACAACAAGCUGGUUUUCAACAUGACUUGUAAAGCAGCCGGAUGGUGUGCAGUGGGUUUUACAGAAAAUCCUGGCGGUGGAGGCAUGGUAGACUACGAUAUCGCUGCCGGAGGGGUCGCUGCUAAUACAGCUUAUCUUGAGGUAAGUUUGUACGUGACCGACUGUACUUUUAGGGAAGUAAUAUAGGUAAAUUGAUCGUUUUACCUGGUUGCUAAAGAAAGAUUGUUUGGAUGAAUAGUGAUGAAUAAUGAUAUAUUCGUUUGACAGUAAUGUGCAUAGCGGCGAUCUAGGCUAAGAUAUGAGUUCGCCUUCAGAAUAAUUAUUAUUUUUGUGAAAUACGGAUCGAGUAGAAAGCAACAAUUUGCGUACUCAGAAAGACAGUGUUGCAUCUUGGUUGUUUUGGUAAAAAAAAAGUUACUUUUUGAACAAUUUCCAGUUGAUUGCCAAGAUACCCACUCUCUUUUCAGUCUAUUUACAGUGAAAGACGGCGUAGAAUGAUUUUAAUUUGAAUUAAGACUGCUUAGUGGAAAAAGCAUAGUGUUCAACAAAACCGCCGAAGCUAGCAUUGCAUUGAGUGAAUUGCGGUUAGCGCAGCACGAAACAUCUGCACGUCCGCCUUAUCGUGUGCCAACUACGCUAAAUACUUCUGCGGAAAUUUUGGACUUUUAGACUUCAGAACAUUCGCAUCUCAAAUCUUCCCAGCUAUUGCUGCAAUAUAAUUCAUGUCAGAAACACAAAUCAGUUGGAGACACCAAAGCGCCUUUUCCGGAUUUUAAGGCAAUAUUGAAGACCCUAGCGUUUCUUUUCUGUGAAGAGAGAAUUUAUUGUUGUAAAGUUAUUUUGCUUUCGCUGAUAAAAAUAUGAAAAGCCAAUGUAGAAAUGCAAUAUUCUUUAGUCUUAACUUCUCCAAGUUGCAAAUAACCUGCUGUUCAUUAGGCGUACUAAUAAAGUUACAGUAUUUCACAAAGUCAUAACUGUAUUUAGUCUUCAAACUGUAAUCAACCCGUGAGAAGCCGUUAUCCAUUUGUGAAGCUUUGGAAGUAGGUACGGUUUCAAAACAGGCUUGGGUUUCCACCAAUAGUCUUCUAGAGAUGAUUUUUGUGCUCUCUAAUUUCACUCGUUGUGUUAAUAUCCGUGAUCUGUAACGCUUCGCUAGCUUAGGCUUAAAAACGAGAGUGUUGUGAGGGUUUCUUUGGUUACAUGUAGUCUUGGUUACGUUUUCUUUGUUAUCUUUUGACUGUACCAGCGGUAUGGUCUUGGAUUAAGCUUCUACACUAGAGCCAGGUUCUGUUGUGAUCAUUGUCUCCAGGGUAGCAGCAGGCAUAAGAGAUUCCGCGCCUUCAGCCGGCAGCCGGCGAGGGUCCCCAGGAAAGGCCUUUCCCAGAGAGGUUUUUUAGAGUUUUUCCUCGUCCGUCAAUUUACCCUUUUGUGAAGGCAAAACCUGUUUCCACACUAGUGUUUAAAUGAAAAAGCUGUUUUCACAAUUCUUUGGACAAAGCAUUAUAUCUGCCUCACUACAGCCGAAAACUAACUAUAUGACACAAGCCCUGCAGCGGGAUAUGAAAUCACGCUUGCAAGUCACUUUGCGCAGAACCAAUGUGCGUGAAAAUUCUUUAUGAGCAUCAGGUACGAGUAGCCACUGGCACGAGAAAACGGCUGUUAGAGAACGAAUGAUUUAUUUGCUUUACUCAAGACAUUUUUCGUUGACAUAGAAGUCUAUUAAUAUUUACGAUUUUGUAUACUCAAGGUUUCAUUCUUUUCUGGUUUGGUUUGGUACGAUUGUUUCUGAUGCAACAAUAGCUUGUAAGCCUUUUUUAAACAAAACUCUUUUUAUGAUCCUAAAAUCCAUAUUUAAGGAUAUUGUGUAUAACCUGAAAAAAAGUUAAUUUGACUAUUAAAGUUCUCAGGGGAAUUUUUUUAAAAAGUCAUGAAAGUGUGAAAAAAUUGUAAUAGAUAACCAAAGAAUCAGUUUAAAAACUUUCAAAUUCAACUUUUUCAGUAUACGUUAAUAAAAUAAACAUGGUAGAGCGUUAUUUCUCCAAUAAUGAAAGACAUCUUUGGAAUGUAUACAAGGCCGGUUGGUUUGACGCACUCUGAAGUAUUGUACGUUUUUGAUAUUGCUCUAGUAUAGAGCAGAUCUAAAAACAACUCAUUGUGAUUCGCAUGACAUGAAAAUGAUUUAAGUUUAAUAACCCAACUUUUGAAUACCAACAAGAAAAAGACCGGCUCGAUAAGUACCCUUUCUGCAUAGUUCGUCGUCUUUCUGGAACAUUAUGAAAGAACUCCGACGUUUUGGCUUUUUCAUACAUGUGAUCUAGCCAGAAUUUCAUCCAAUUUAUUCGAGUAACAUCUGAAUAGACCGACCGUUCAUACAGUCCAGUGACGCCACUACUCCUGUGCUUUUAUUCAUGCAAAAAGUAAAACACGAUUUUCAAGUGGCAAACCUAGAAAUAUCGUUUGAAAAUGUCUAUAUGAUACAGGAAAGCUGACAGAAUUGCUUUACUCUUUUCGAUCGUAAUUCAUAUUUAAAGUUCAAACUAUCAACUGCAUGCAGUACCCUGAAGUCUGAAUCGGUUGUAAUUCAAACUCGGUAGCAACCACGCAUAAAUACACACACGGAACUCUUAGUUCAAAAACACAGAAAUUUCCUUUAAUUGAAAAGAAGCUGAUUGGUCCUUAACGAAGAAAAAAUGAAAACAAGGAAACAAGAAAUAAAAGCUAACAGAAUCAUUACACUUGACGGUGAAAAUAGCAAAAAGGUCGAAUGACAACAUGACACUUCGCAGGGGCACCCAACGAGAAUAUAGUUCAAAACCACUUAUAAACAUAGCAUUGUUAAACGUGUUUCAGUAUUUAAACGGUAGAUAUAGGCGUAUUUUUAUCCCCUAAAAAUUUCUCGUCUGUUCGGAUUUCCUAGCUGAAAGUCUAGUGAUCCGAAAAUUAUAGGGAUGAAAACUUACCUUUUCGAAAAUUUCAGCCAGAAAAAAGGCUCCCAAAAAUUCUAGAUGGCCUUUUUAGGGUAAAAAUCCGUUAAAAAUGGGCAGUUAUACCCUUUUUUAGAUGUUCGAAAAUCCUAGGAGAGGCAGGCAAGCAAGAAAUUUUACAACAAAUGUUCCGAAAAUUCUGUAAAUUAGAAAACGCAAAAAAUCUGUUGAAAUUAUGCAAUAACCAGUAAAACCAACCAGAAUUUUAGAGUCAACGCUUAUGAAAUUUUAAAAAAGUUGGUAAAAUAAAGGAAAACCAGACAAGCCAAGUAUUCUAAUUACUUGUGAAAUGCAAACUUCCUCUACAGGCAUCAUAAACUCACUAUGUGAACGCUUGUUUAAGUUACAGCCGAAGCUCUUGUAAGCAACCACUGGUUUUUUAAAUUCCAAAAAGCGAUCGUUACUAGUGCUGAUUAGGAGAAUGAGCCCUCGUAGGCGACUGCAUGGUGAAACACUAGAGGGUGGUAUCAUUAACAAUUCGUAAAGGAAAAAACAAAAAAAAUUAUAUUUAAUUAGGGUCUUUAUAUCUGACAUAGACACGGCUAACUUUACUUCCAAUUACGACUUACACCAAAAUAACCCACACAGACUGUAUAUGUGUCUACAGGAUUACUGGACCACCACGUUUUCAGUACCACCAAGAGAUGCUGUUAACAACUUUGAGCUAGUUGAAGCCACGGAGAUGGGUGGAUAUACCAGCGUUAAAUUUGAAAGAAAUUUGACGACAGGAGAAUCAAACAUAGAUGUUCAGUUUACGGUAAAGUUGUACAACAAAUAUUCCAGUAACAUGUGUGAGUGAACUCUUUAGCUAGUCUUUACCCUAGACCGUUAAGUAAAACUUAUGAGCUGCUAAGUUUUACUCAACCAAAGAUACGUUUGUGAAGGCCUAAGAAAAAUUUCAAGUUCUUUUACUUUGCAUCUCAUUGAAGUCGGAAAGUUGAAACGAUUCAAGAAAAAAAAACGCUUCAAGUGACUUAAAAACCAUCCUUAAAACCGACUUUGCGAACUUGUGCUUUCUUGAGCUUUGUUUGAGGCAAAGCAUGUCAAUCAAUCUUAAUUAUAUUGCGUGCCUGGGAAAAAAGACUUAAGUUAAUCUGAAGUAAAAAAAGAAUCAUUCUUGUCUGAAGCUUUAUUUUAUAGGAUACUAUUUUUCACGAAAAAGGUACCCCUUUCGUAUACCUUCUAUUGACGAAUGGUACCCCUUUAACAUACCUUGUUUAGAACUUUCAUUCCUUUUAACUGCUGUAAAUACACUGUCUUUUAAAUAGGAAUCAAUCACAAAAAUAGAAUGUUUUCUCAACUUCAGUUAUAAAGCCAUAAAAUUCAUCUGUUUGCGGCAUUUUUGGGUUAGGGAAACCGUUAUUGUUUUCAUUAAUAAACAAUUGGAAUGUGGAUACAGUGGAUAACGCGUACAGUAAUUGAGAAACAACUUAAAAUUUCCCUUCAGAACAUAAAAAAAUUAUAAAACACGUUUAAAAUUUGGCUAUAAAACCGCAACAGUGCACUUUAUGUGUACUGUAGGUUAUUCAUCAUUUCCACGCCUUUAAUUUUAAGAAAAAACUUUGCAAACUUGAUAAUUGAUAAUUGAUAAUUUUCAGUUAUAAGUUAUAAGUUACUGCCGGCUUUUUACAUAGUUUCUUUCUUUGUCUACCUUUGGAUUUCAGAACAAUACUGAAGUCUACAUUGUCUGGGCUAUGCACUCAACUAUGGAUGCCAAUCCAGCGUCGGCAAAUUUGAGCCCAAGGCACACUAGCAGGGGAAAAUCAGGAAAUAAGCAAAACCUGAUCGCUAUGGCCAUGGCUGCAGCGAUGACACCUACCGCCACUACCAUGAUGAUGCCAUCCACAUCUGUUGUUUCUACGCCUCAACCAACCGGUAAUAACUGUUACAGUAAAUAAUAUAGUCUCAGAUUCUAAUUAACUUGAUUACUUCCCGCAGUUACAGUGGAACCUCGAUAUAACGAAGGGCCACGGAACUGGCAAAAUUUGUUCGCUAUAACGAGGUCUCGUUAUAUCGAAGUUCAUUUUCAUACAUUUUACUAUUACUGGGGUAAAGAAAAUCUUUCGUUAUAUCGACGACUUCGUUGCAUGGAGGUUCGCUAUAUCGAGGUUCCACUGUAAUUUGUCAGAAAAAGCUAUGAAUGACCAAACGAAGAAGAUCUACAUCAUUCUUCUAAUAACUUUUCAUCACUGCACAAUUGGAAAAUUAAAAGAAAAAAUUGUUGAUCUUGUGACCUGGACAUAUUGAUACCGAAAUUGAUUUUGUCUCGGGCAACGCUCGAGGGCACUAAAUAAAACUUUCAAUUAUUCAUUCAAAACAUUUCUCCGCUUCUGAUUGGCUAAAAUCACACGCAUAAUUCAUCAAAACCAGCUACUGUUGGCCAAAUUUGGAAGAGUUUUGCCCUACUGAACCGAUGACGUCAAAUGUGAGGCAAAGUUGCAAGUCAUUAGACCGUUAAACCAAGAAAACCUGGGGACGAGUUUGAGAUAAUGGCAGAACAUUUUUCACGGCGAACUAUUAUCUGUAUGUUCUGAACAGAUUUUACGUCAUCAGUGUGGAAUUUCUGUCGCUGAGUCGCGGAUGUCCCUCCUCGCGAAACGUUCCCCAGCGGCAAGGAGCGAGGAAAACCGUGUGUUUUCUCAGGCUACCUCUUUCAAUAAUUGCUAAAUAUGUUUCCUGUCGAUCGUCGAAACUACGUGAGAGCCUAAAUCAGGCUAUUAGAGUUAAUGUCGUGCAAGUCAAACCAUUAGUACGUUAUUUUAGCGUUUUGGUAAAGAAACCUGUUUCUAUUAUGUUUUUUUUACCUUUUUUUCUUUGUUAAGGCACGACCGUCAGUGCCGGUGAUAAUUUUAUGCUGACUUGGAUAUACAGCAACAAAAAGUUGAUGUUCACAAUGAAAUGUAAAACCACUGGUUGGUGUGCAGUCGCCUUUACAACAACAAGGGAUGGUGGUGGCAUGAGGGAUUACGACAUUGCCUUAGGCGGGGUCGCUUCCGGCAACAACUAUCUUGAUGUAAGUGGGAUGAAUUUCAUUCAGAAUAAAGAACUAUCUUAGAGCAUCUCACUGACGUCAGAUGGGCCAUUUCAUUGAAUAGCUUUCCCAAAUUCACAUUAAUGGCUGAGCAAAUCCCUAUUACUAGUGGGUUGUACGACAAUGAGAUCACCAUGGCGACGAUAAUAAGUGUGAUAUUAUGCGUUCGCAUUCGCCGAUAAUGAUGUAGAUGUCGCAUAUUUUUUGCCUGCAGCAGCAGCAAUUCUACCGCCAACUAACUUAGCCCUCUUGGUCCGCCAUAGAUACGCGAUGUACAGAAUCUUAAAAAUAUCCUAUGACAUAAAAAAAUUAAAACGUUGUUUUUAAGACACAAUCUUACAACAAAAAACAUAGGUUGGAUUAGGAAGGUGAACGAUCCAAUGAAAAAUGGCGAAAAUAAAUGGAAAUACAGACACUGAGGCGAUCAUAGACAGUUUUCGAAUGUUCGCUGAGGGGAAAGACGUUAUGACCUCGGAAAUCGUGCGUAAAAGACCAUUCAAGUACUUCUUCAUUGAGUCAAUCAGAUCUCGGAAUUUCGCACAGAGCACGAAAUUGUAAUUUAAGACUAUAAUAACCUAAAAGGUGAUGGUCUGUGCUGAGAAGGGAAGUGACUUUUGUCUCUUUACCCGCAGGAUUACUGGAGCAUCACAACGGCAAAACCUUUAAAGGAUAGUGCAAAUAACUUUGUUCUUAUAUCGGCGACUGAGGCUGGUGGAUAUACAACGGUGGUAUUUGAGAGAAAUCCUGAGACAAGCGACACUGCUAACGAUGUUCAGUUUGAGGUAAAUUCAUAACAUCCCUAAACACAGCUAUAAAUUCGGUUACAAAAGUUAGCAGUCUUUGCGAGCGGGAGGAGGGUGGUGCAACAACCUAUUGUCUGGUGUCCGUGUUAACGAAGAGAGGAAAAAACAGGACAAAAUAAGUAUAUGUGCACAAAGCUCGUGAAUAUCGUGUACAGGCGGUUUCCUUGUGGAUCCACAGAUGUGCGGAAUUAAAUACACAAGUCCAAAAGGCAAAGGAGCGUUUGUUUGUGACGGCCCCAAGUGAGAAUAGCCAUCCAAGUUUAACUUAGUCCUCGAUUGUGUGGAGAAAAGUUAUCCCGGGAGAGAGGGUCACCUUCCCAGCCGAGUCAUCUUUAGCGCGGAACAUUUAUCUGGGCGAACCAAGUGCUGACAACAGCGCUAGUGUGGCUCCGAUAUUCUCGCCUCACCAUGGCCGAAAUGACCCGACUUAGCGAGCCAACUUGAUUAUAUGAAGCAAAGUUGGCCCGGCUAGGAGGGUGACCCUGCGAUCGAAAUAUGUAACCUGGAUAGGCGUGUCAUCCUAACUGUCUAGCCAACUCUUUGAUUCUCGUUAACAGUUCGCGAAGUUCUUUAGGGUAAUGUAGGUUCACCUAGGAUACUAGCUCGGGUAGGCAGGUGACCCUUCUGUCCUGGACAAGUUUUCUCCAUAUAAACCGCCGGGUCUUAGGAAUUUGCUGCUGUUUCAGAAGGUUGAAAACAAGAUUAGAAUAGCAAACUAAUGAAAUCCUUUACAUAUUUCUUUAUGUAGCCUGGUACUGAAGUUAGGAUUGCGUGGGCCAUGCACAGCGCAAUGGAUGGAGAUGUAGAUAUUUCUAGGCACACCGCCCGCGGAAUUCUGCCAAACAAGUACACUCUGAUUCCAGGACCGGUUGGAGGUACAGGUGCAACAAAUGUGCUUAAGUCACGUGUCAUGUUUUUAACAAUUAUUCCUCGAGCCCGACUGGGCUCUGACUCAGAGGCUAUGAGGGCGAGAGGAAUAAUUGUUUUAGUAAAAUCCAACUAGUUGGUCAAAAAUAUCUAGACAAACAACUCUAGCUAGCAAAACGCGAUUCAGACGCCAUUGUUUUGGUUUUCAAAGCCCGCUCUCUUCGCUACUAGUGGGCUAUAACACAUAGCCUAGCAGUAGCUCAACCAAUCAGAACGCAGCGUUGAUAAUAGACCACCACGAGUUGGAUUUUACUAAAUUCUGUUAUCCUGGCCGCCAUUGCAGCCCUGCCUAGUUUGUUUCCCCAUGAAAGACCUUUAGUUGCACCCACUUAGCCCAUGCUUUGACGUGUCAUGUUUAUUCUGUUAUCCUAGCCGCCAUUGCAGCCCUGCCUAGUUUGUUUCCCCAUGAAAGACCUUUAGGUGCACCCACUUAGGCCAUUCUUUCACGUGUCAUGUUUAUUCUCUUAUCCUGGUCGCCAUUGCAGCCCUGCCUAGUUUGUUUCCCCAUGAAAGACCUUUAGUUGCACCCACUUAGCCCAUGCUUUGACGUGUCAUGUUUAUUCUGUUAUCCUGGCCGCCAUUGCAGCCCUGCCUAGUUUGUUUCCCCAUGAAAGACCUUUAGGUGCACCCACUUAGGCCAUGCUUUCACGUGUCAUGUUUAUUCUCUUAUCCUGGCCGCCAUUGCAGCCCUGCCUAGUUUGUUUCCCCAUGAAAGACCUUUAGUUGCACCCACUUAGCCCAUGCUUUGACGUGUCAUGUUUAUUCUGUUAUCCUAGCCGCCAUUGCAGCCCUGCCUAGUUUGUUUCCCCAUGAAAGACCUUUAGGUGCACCCACUUAGGCCAUGCUUUCACGUGUCAUGUUUAUUCUCUUAUCCUGGCCGCCAUUGCAGCCCUGCCUAGUUUGUUUCCCCAUGAAAGACCUUUAGGUGCACCCACUUAGGCCAUGCUUUCACGUGUCAUGUUUAUUCUGUUAUCCUGGCCGCCAUUGCAGCCCUGCCUAGUUUGUUUCCCCAUGAAAGACCUUUAGGUGCACCCACUUAGGCCAUGCUUUCACGUGUCAUGUUUAUUCUGUUAUCCUGGCCGCCAUUGCAGCCCUGCCUAGUUUGUUUCCCAAUGAAAGACCUUUAGGUGCACCCACUUAGGCCAUGCUUUCACGUGUCAUGUUUAUUCUGUUAUCCUGGCCACCAUUGCAGUCCUGCCUAGUUUGUUUCCCAAUGAAAGACCUUUAGGUGCACCCACUCAGGCCAUGCUUUCACGUGUCAUGUUUAUUCUGUUAUCCUGGCCGCCAUUGCAGUCCUGCCUAGUUUGUUUCCCAAUGAAAGACCUUUAGGUGCACCCACUUAGGCCAUGCUUUCACGUGUCAUGUUUAUUCUGUUAUCCUGGUCGCCAUUGCAGCCCUGCCUAGUUUGUUUCCUAAUGAAAGACCUUUAGGUGUACCCACUUAGGCCAUGCUUUGACGUGUCAUGUUUAUUCUGUUAUCCUGGCCGCCAUUCCAGCCCUGCCUAGUUUGUUUCCCAAUGAAAGACCUUUAGGUGCACUCACUUAGGCCAUACCUGCACUAUACCUAAAAGCUUUUCGUGUCGACACGUAGCGCUAUCCGCUAUAGUAUGAGCAGCAACGGCCCGGAUUAGGAACAAGUCCUUCACACACAUCGAAUAUCGUGCCGUAGUGUUUGGCCCAAAGGUUUUGGUGUAAGUCCCAGUCCUUACAAGUCCAAAUACCUAUUCACUCUGUAUUAAAGUGUGGCACAAAUAGCCUCAGCCACAAGUAGCUCGGGAACUUUUUUGCAAAUUUUGCUGUUUUUGCUUUUGGUUUUAGUUUUGGGAGCAACUUGAUUAAAUUUUUAGCAGCUUAUGGUAAUACUGUUUAAGCCUUGAAAAACAUCCUAAAAAGGAAAAUUUCAGUGUUUUGAUGAUAUAGAUAAUUUUUAACAACAGGGAAAGUCCUUCAUACACAUCGAAUAUCGUGCCGUAGUGUUUGGCCAAGAGGUUUUGGUGCACGUCCCAGUCCUCACCCUUGAAUUCUUUACUUCCGUCUCAGUGGGUUCCAUUCAUUGCUCCUACUUUAUCACUUCCGAAACACAAAUAGCCUUAACCACAAGUUGCUCGGCGACUUUCUGACAACUUUUGAUAUUUGGAGAAGCGUUUGAUUUUGGGAGCAACUUGAUUAAAUUUUUAGCAACUUAUGGGACCUCUAAUACUGCUUAUGCCUUGUAAAACAUCCUAAAAAAGUAAAUUUUAGUGUUUUGAUGUUAGAGAUAACAAAUAACAACGUGAUAGUUAAACCUCCUUUUGUAAACAAUCUUUUUUACAGUAAUAUCCUCUUUGUAGUUAUAUUCUGAUAGGAAACCGCGUGCGUUUCAAAAGUUCGGGAAUAGCCCCGGGGUUGGCAAAUACUCGGGCCCCGGGCAGCGAAAGAUUUGCAAAUGCCCCCCCACCCCCCGGAACUGAAAGGCGGGCAAAUGCCCUGCAGAAGCCCGGGGGUGCUGGGCGCAGCCGGAAUUGACUGAUACAUAAAUACCGGUAGAUACGCUAUGAUACAUAUAGCAAUUUUUAUAUUCCUGUAGAUUUUACUUUCAAUUUACCACAUUAUGUUACUAGCUAUAUGCGCUACACAGGUAAAAAAGGGAGUGAAACAGAAAAAGAAAAAAAAUAAGGUCACGAAAAAUUUGCGUCAAGGGGAUUCGAACCCCAACCCUCAGAAUACGUUAGGAUUAAAACUGGGCACCCCUAUCCACAGGACCACCUCAGUAGGCGUUGCCAAUUUGUUGUUUAAAAGAGGUAUAUAUUCCUUCUCCAUAUGGUGAUUGACAGUUUUCAAGGAUAACUUUUUCGGUUUCUGUGUAGACUUAAAUCUUUAAAUCUUUAACUGAUCGAUCUCACAAUAAACCCAUUGAUACUCUUUCAUUGUCCAUGCCGGGGAACGUUUAAGAAAUUUAUGAACUAUCGAUCUUGCGGCUACCGACUGAACAUUAUGACAGUACGAUUCUUUCCCUGCUCGUAAGGUGUCUUUUCAUCGGUCGGGGAAAACAUUAACACAACAUUGUUUAUCAUUAUUUCCAUUGUUUUAUUAGGUUAGGGUAGGUUUAAGAACUGCUACAUGAAUGAUGAUAUCUCUCCCCAGAAUGAAGAAAAACAAUAUGGCCGCCAAAUACAUUCUUUUAGCUGUGAAAUUUCUCCUUUAUUACCAACGUUGAACAUUUAUUUCGGCAAACAAACAGUUAAGUUGAAAAAGGAUUUUACAAAAGUCUCAAAAGUAGAUCUCCUCUUCGAUUUUAAUUUGCAAUAUCGGUCGAUUUACGCAACUUUUAAACUUCUGGCUCAGUUUUCGUUUGCUUCUGUUUUGAAAAUGUUAUCAUUAUCUUAAUCGUUAUAAUUGUUGUUAUUGUUAUUAUAACAAAAACUUGCGGAUUUAUGGCGAAAAAUGUACUUUAAAAACGAACUAAAAUAUUCAAAAUACUCUGAUCACGUAAAUUAUGACAUCAUAUCCCUCUUUUGGUGAUGAAAACAAUUGUCAGGUAGAACAUUACUUAUAAUUAUUAUUAUUAUUAUUGUCUCUAUUAUCACAGUCUUUGCUGGUGUUCUUUUUGUGCAUCAGCCGGGCGCAAACCAUGCACCUAGAGCGUCAGUCACUCAAGUCAAUCAUUCUGUUCAUACACUGAACACCUUUCUGAGGAUUCGUGCAGAUCCCAGCAUGCAGAUCUUUUGAAUCUCUGUCAUAGUAGCUCUCUCUGAUACUUUCUUGAUGUUUUCUACCAUACCCUUCUUCACUGUACCAAGCGCACCUACAACCACAGGGAUCACUACGGUUUUCAUAUGCCACAUUCUCUGUAUUUCUAGUUCUAGGUCUUUGUACUUGCAUUUUUUUUCAGUUUCCUUCAGUGCGAUGUUUCUAUCUGAUGGAACAGUCAUAUCAAUAAGUUUGCAGGUGGAAUUCACUGAAUCUUUAACGAUGAUAUCUGGUCUGUUCGCUGUUAUAGUUCUAUCAGUAUUGACUGGCAUGUCCCACAUGAUGGUGAUGUUGUUAUCUUUAUUGUGGGUCACGGUCUCUGGUUCGUGUUCGUACCAUUUGUCUGUAAUCUCUAUAUCAUGAUCUUUAUUAUUAUUAUUAUUAUUAUUAUUAUUAUUAUUAUUAUUACUAUUAUUAUUAUUAUUAUUAUCGUCAUCAUUCUCGUUUUACUGUUAGACGUAGUCGUUAGCGGGAGCAUCACAAUUCUGAUUCACAGCCCAGAUAGUUCAUGAUCAGGACGGAAAUUCUUACAAUCGGUCGAGCAUGAAAAAUGACCAUUCAUUCGUGUCGGGUUGAAAGAGUUAUUAACCGUGGUCGAAUUUUUUUUCCCCUCAUUUUAGCUGCGACAACACUUUAAACUCAAAAGAUUUGUUUUUAGCCCCAAAAUUGGGGCCAACUUUGGCAGUUAAAUACUAACAAUAACCGGCUUUUUUGAGGACUUAUUUGGCUAAAACUCAGGGAAAAUUGCUUUUUCUUCAGGGAUAACUACUACCACCAGUACCAUGACGGUGCCUUCUUCGUCAAUUGUUUCUACGCCUCAACCAACAGGUAAUGUAGCCCAGCAAAUAUUCAUUUCGGUUAAUUUAAUUGUAAGAAUAUGUUAUAGCUGAUCAAGAUUUACCUUAUUCUUCCAAUAUUAUAAAAAGCGAAUUGUUGACAUUGUUAACUCGGCAUAUAUUGUCAGUGAAUUUUAAAAGAAAAUAAUUUUGUCUACAGUCAAAACCGGGGGAAAUGAAAAAUUAAAAUUAAUAUUGUAAUGAAAGAGUUACUCGUCUAAUUCUUAUCCAAUCAUGAAAAAGAGGCGUGGGCCACAAUUGCUGAAUUUUAUUCCACACUUGACACAUGCACAUAUUAAUUUUGUUAGAUCAUCUUAUGACUACACAACCAAUUUCAGUCAGUGUUUCAGUUGGGGAGGCCGCAGCUUAACAAUCAUAAGAGACUUAUAGCAUAAUCUGUUUGUUUCCGGUAGUCAAAACUAAGUGAGAACCUGAAAAAGGCUAUAAGAUCGUGUAAGUCACACUAAGGGUACAUUAUUUUAGCGUUUUCAACAUGAUCUUUUUAAUCCUUAUCUCUUUUUUAAGCAUCCACGACCGUUAGUUUUGGUGAUAAAUUUAUGCUGACUUGGAUAUACAGCAACAACAAGUUGUUUUUCACAUUGAGAUGCAAAACCAUUGGUUGGUGUGCAGUCGCCUUUACAACAGGGGAUGGUAGAGGCAUGAAGGAUUACGAUAUUGCCUUGGGCGGAGUCGCUUCCAACGGCAACUAUCUUGAUGUAAGUAAGAUGAAGUUUCAUUCAGUGUAAAGUAAUACCCUGCUCUAGAACAUUUGACUUACUCCAGAUGGACUAGUCUAUGGAAUAGCAUUUCCAAACUUACAGUAAGACUCGAGCAAAUAUUACUAUAAUUACAAGUGGCUUAUACGACACUGAGAUCACUAUAGCAAAGAUAUUAAAUGUUAACGUACUCGUAACUCAGCAAGGAGGUAGAUAUCGCUCAUAUUUGUGCCUACUGCAGCUAUGUAGCGGUAGUUAAGUGCGUAAGUUAGACCGCAAAAAAAAUAGAGCCUUAGUCCGCAACAGAUACGCAAUGUUCGUAACAACAAAAUCUGUUCUUGUAAAAGAUCGAGAAAACCUUUUAGGUCGUUAAAAAGAGAUUCUUUAACAAAACAAUUCAAAACGCAGUUUUUAAGACAAAAUCUCCGAACAAGAAAAACCUGCUUAGAUAAGAAAAGAGAACGAUCCAAUGAAUGUGAAAAUGGCGACGUAAGUGAAUGGAAACAGGACACUAAGGAGACUAUAGACAGUGUUCGUAUGUUGGCUGAAGCUGCUUAAGGGAAAGACAUUAUGACCUUGAAAAUCGUGCGUAAAAGGCCAUUCAAGCAGUCCAAUGAGGCAAUCAGGUCUCAGAAAUUUCGCACACAGCACGAAGUUGUAAUUUAAGAUUUAAUACCGUAAAAAGUGACGGUCUGUGUUCAAGAGGUAAGAGACUCUGUUUCUUCACCGGUAGGAUUACUGGAGCACCUCACUCACAAAACCAUCAAAGGAUAGUGCAAAUAACUUUGUUUUUACAACGGCGGCCGAGGCUGGUGGAUAUACAACGGUGCAGUUUGAGAGAGAUCCAGAGACAAGCGACACUGCUAAAGAUGUUCAGUUUCAGGUAAAUUUUUAACAUUUCUAGACACAGCCGCAAAUUCGCAACGGUACCGUGGCCCCCACUGCUAUACUCCCCACCCGGAGAUGGAAAGGGGCGGGAGUUCGGGUACAGAAGCGAGCCAUCCCUGCAGGGAGGAGGAUGGUGCGACAACCUGUUGUCAGGUGUCCGUGUCAACGAAGAGAGGGGAAAACAGGAUAAAAUACGUUUAUUUCACUGAAUUCGUAAAUAUUGUGUGAAGCCGGUUUCUUGUGGAUCCACAGAUGCUCGAAAUUAAAUACAUAGGUCCAAAAGGCAAAGGAGCGUUUGUUUGUGACGACCCCAAGUGAGAAUAGGCAUCCAAAUUAAACUUAGUCCUCAUUGUAUGGAGAAAAGUUUUCCUUGGGAGAGGGUCACCUUCACAGCCGAGUCAACCAUAGCGCGGAGCGUUUAUCUGAACAAACCAAGACAACAGCAGCGCAAAUCCAUGCUCUGAUUGCCUUGCCUUGACCAAGAUGACGCGGCUUGUCGAGCCAACUUGAUUAUAUGAAGGAAAGUUGGCCCGGCUGAGAGGGUGACCCUACCUUAGAAAUAUGUAACCUGGAUAGGCGUAUCAUCCUAACAAUUUUUUCAAUAUUUAUUACACAAGUGUCAUCCUAACGGCCCAGUCUUUGAUUCUCGUUAACGGCUGGUCAAGUUCUUUAUAUAAGGUAAUGUAGGACUAAGUUGGCUCACCCAACAUACUAUAUAGCUCGUGUAGGCAGGUGACCCUUCUAUCUGGGACAAGUUUUCUCCAUAUAAACCGCCGGGUCUUAGGAACUUGCUGCUGUUUCAGAAGGUUGAAAAUAACAUUAAAAAAGCAAAAUAAUUAAAUUCUUGACAUAUUUCUUUAUGUAGCCUGGUACAGAAGUCAUGAUUGCGUGGGCCAUGCACAGCUCUAUGGAUGGAAAUGUAGAUAUUACUCAGCACACCGCCUGGGGAGUUCUUCCAAACAGGUACACGCUGGUUCCAGGAACAGGAAGUACCUCCACCUCCACCACCACAGGUGCAGCAAGUAUGCUGGAGUCACGUGUUAUGUUUUCCACUAUCCUGGCCGCCAUUGCUGUCUAUUUGAUGUCCAAAUGAGAGACCUUUAGGUGCAGCUCCUUACACCACUGUAAACGAGACUAUCCCAGCAACUAAACAUUUAAAUCGUUAUGACUUUGUAAUUUCUUUAUUUUAACACAUAAAAUGUGUUUUGAUAGACGUUUUUUUUCAUUUUCCAAUGCUUAGUAGUUCACGGAAACAUCACGAGUCUGAUUCAAACCCUACUUUUUUUGUAUUGAUUUGUUCUCAUACCCCCCCCCCCCUUUUUUUUUUUUAAUUUUUUUUUUUUUUUUAUUUUUUUACUUUUUUUUCUUUUUUUUUUUUUUUUUUUUUUUUUUUUUUUUUUUUUUUUUUUUUUUUUCUUUUUUUUUUUUUUCACCUUUGGGGGAAUUUUUUCUGGAAUUGAGUUCUAAAGGGUCGUAAUUAAAUUAAAAAAACGAAAACCAAAACCCUUUCCUUUAUUAUUAUUAUUUUAUUUUUUAUUUUGAAUCCAAUUUUCCUUACAAAGUGGUUUACAAAGUGGUCUUCUUAUAAAACCGGCCGACACCGGAAUUUUCACUUUUUCCCUCCACCGCGUUCUUCCUAUUUUCACAUUAAAUGUGUUUUUAUAAGCGUUUUUUUUCUUUUUCCAAUGCUUUUUUUUUCCCGGAAACCUCCCGAGUUUUAUUCAAACCCUUUUUUUUUUUUUUUGUUUUUUUUUUUUUCCCCCCCCCCCCCUUUUGUUUUUUAAAUUAUUUUUAUUUAUUUAUUUGUUUACUUUUUUUGCUUUCUUUUCUUUUUCAUUUUUCCUUUUUUAUUCAGUCAUAUGGAUAGUGCACAAUUUCUCGACGCAAAUGACGGAAAUUUGGUCACGCAUACCAAAUCCAUUCUAUAGUGUCGUGUUAAAUUAGUGAUUUAUCUUGGUCGAAAUUUUACCGUCAUUUUAACUAGAGCUGCAGUUUAGUAAAUUCAAAGGAUUUGUUUUAAGCCCCAAACUUGGGUCACGGCUUGACAGUAACUGAAAUAUUGUACCUUUCUGAGGACUUAAUUGGCUAUCUUAAAUUAGGGACACACUGGUUUCAUUCAAGGGCUGAUGUGAACUCACGGACUGAACAUAGUUCCAAGGCUGCAAUAGUUCUUUGCUUGAGCUCUUUUGCCGGAGAAGUUGUUCCGGAUUACUCCACGGAUAGCUGAAUAAGAUUUGGACUUGAAGUCAACUAAGGCUUGAUGAGCACUUUGGGUCUGAAACAGAUCUUUAAAUUUAUAGUGUUUUGUUUUUGUCGGUAUCCGGAUAGUUCAAAUUAAUGCAAAGAUUCGGUCUUGAAAGCAUGCUCUUCAAUUACAAAUCACUGUAGUCGGUUUCGCUUCUCUCCAGACAAGCAGAUCGAAUCGAUGGUUUUGUCAGGAUUAAAGCAUGUGAAAAGGGAACGGUUUUUGUUGCCCCUAUUUUUUCUACUUGAACUUAACUAGAAGUUUUCCCUCAGAAUUAGGCUCCAAAAGUUUUAAUUCGUUUGUUGGUACUAAUUGUCAAAUAUUUAACGUAAAGAUAAAGUGCAUGUAGUGAUUUCAUUAGCCUUUACCAACAGUCUUUAAGUCGUAAUUUUUAGCUUUUGUCUCAGUUUACGAUAUGAUUUUGUAUUCUUACAUUUGACGUAAUAAACUGUGCCAACGGAGUCAAGUCAGAAAUUGAGUUUUAAUUAUUCCUCCUUGCGUACAUACACAGUGCUUUCAAUCUCAAGCACUGACGGAUUGUACGUAUCCGAAUAUUUUUUGAUCCGCAAAUUUUUCUUUGCGGAUUCAAAAAUUCCCACGUUCACACGUAUCCUACCCUGCGAGCAGUGGUUUCUCCAGGCCGGACGCUACGUAUCGUCCGGCCUGGAGAAACCACUGCUUGCAGGGUACACGUAUCCGUAUUCAAAUCGAAUUUGCCAUUCCGGCACGUAUCCGACUGGAAUCAGGAUUCACUCUGGGAACUUGGUAACAAAGCUAAGCAUGCGUCGUAAAGCGCGCGAAAUAUGGCAGAGUCAGCCCGGAGGAAAAUCAAAGAAAAAUGAGAAGAGCAAGGUUGAUUCCUCCAUGGAUAAGAGAGAGAACCUGGGAACGAGGUUUUCAUCUUGAACAGAGUAUUCACGGUAACGAACUGGGCCGAGUUGUUCAAAGCUGGGUUAAGAUAACCCAGGGUUAGUGCGAGAUUUGAAUUCGGAUUUGAAAGCUUAGAAAGCAUUUCAGUUUUAAUUCUUUUUGUCUACAAGUUAAUGAUUGGAGGCUCUAAAAAGAGCACAGAAAAUUAUCCAAGAAAAUGCUUUUGAACACAAGAAAAAGAAACCUGGGUUAAAUUUAACCCCGGGUUAAGCGCUAAUCGGCCUUCGAACAACUGGGCCCUGGGGCCCGUUUCUCGAAAGUUCCGGUAACUUUUCGGGCCCGAAAUCAAAUAUUCAAAUCGAAAUAUAAAGAAUAAGAGCGCGGGUCCCAGCUAGUAGACUACUCCAUUUUGUUUCACUAAGUGAUGGUUUUAUCAUGCUAGAUGCAAAACUAUUGAAGCCUCGAUCUUUAAUGCAAACGGCGACAGCUUACCGGGCCCGUUAAUUAUCGGGACUUUCGAGAAACGGGCCCCUGGGCUCCAUCUUGUCACGUCACCAGAUAAAAAAAUAUUAUAUCCGGAUUUAGCGUCCAUACGAUUCCGGAUUCAUAGCGGAUUCAAAAAGCUGCGGAGACGUAUGCCGGAUUCACCGGAUACGCGUUGACGGAAGGCGCAUCCGGAAUGAAAAAUUAAAGUUGCGGUUUCAAAAAUAUCCGGAUACGUGUGGACGAGGCUUAAAUAAUUAGAGGGUAGGAUCUUAAGACAGAAUCCUUCAGGACACUGAGUAAUUUUAAUUUUCAGUGGACAAAAACCUUGUACAAGAAUCUUUUAAGCUAUAUCGCAUUCUUUUUUACACUUUUUAAGGGCUAUAGAUGUAAUUAGUUAUCUGUAAUAACACCAACGACAAUUUCUAACAGGAGUCUGAGAGGAUAAAUUUCAAAUUUCACAAGAAUUGAGAAAACACCGGUAAAAUCGCCACGCGUAAGAUUUCAUUUUGUGAAAUUUGAAGGUAAUAAGAACCUUUUCUUCGGAGUUAUUUCAUAUAACUUAUUACAUUUAUAACCCUCGGGAUGUGAAAAAGAAUGCAAUAUGCUUUAAAUUAUUCUGGUACAAGGUUUCUGUCCACUGAAAAUUGAAAUUACUUAAUUUUCUAAUGGAUUUUGUCUUAAUAGGUAAUUUUUGAAUAGAAAAUAAGCAAUAAUAAUUUAUUGUUAUGUUUGAUUUUCUUUUUUUUUUUAAGCAUGUUGCUUCUCCGGCCCGGGAUUAAUAUUCUUAUUUUUUUGUCAAUUUUAGGGUGAAAAUAUUCUCGAAUUAUUCUUAACUAUAAAUUAUAGCUUAUGGCAUUUCCGGUUUAGAAUGUAUUAGAGUUUUCCGAUCAAACGGAAUUGGAAAGACCAUUUUUCCGCCUCGUUAGCUAAUUGUAUGCAAAAUAGUGUUUAACUGAACUUGCCACUGCAAUUUUAAACGUUACUCAUCGUUUAAAAGUAGAUUAGGUUUACAGAUUAUUUGUUUUCUCGAACGCAAUCAGUCCAAUUCAAAGGUGCUUGUCAGAUGCCAAUCCCAUAUUUUCUGGAGUUCCACAGGGAAGUCUAUUGAGACCGCAAUUGUUUACUAUCCAUUUUAAUGAUGUGCAUGCGCCAAUUCAAUCAAUCAAUCAUUUUAAACAGUUGAAGGAAACUUUUGAAUUUUAGAGGCUGACAGUUUUUUUUUUAUUAUUAUUGAAAUGAAAUGUUUUUAAUUCGAAUAAAUUUUUCUUAGUUAAAUUAAUUCUUUCUAAGCUAAAUUAAGUGCUUUUUAAAUCGACAGGAAUUGUAAAUAGUGUUUUGAAUGAAUAGUUUUUUCUUUUUUUCAAGCGAAUUAAUUGUAAAUAGGAUUUUAAUAGUUAGCAUUGUUGUCAAGAAAAUUUUUUCGUAUUUUUAAAAAUCAACUUCAGUCAUCACCUAUGCGAAUGAUACAGUAAUUUUCACGGCUGCUAAAGAUCUGAAAUCCAUUCAAAGGCAUCUAAGUGAAGAUUGUCACAACCUGUCUUCUUGGUUUCCUGAUAAUGAGCUUGUCCUUAAUCUAAAAAAGGGCCAAACUGAGUGUAUGAUUUUUGGUACUACCAAAAGGCUUAAUGCAUUGAAUGGAAGACAACUAGCUUUGACUGUAAAAUGGAACACUGAUUAAUACCACGUCAUCCUUUAAAUACUUGGGUGUAAACUUGGAUUCAUCCUUAAGUCUCGAAUCACAUUUUGUCAAAAUGUAUAAAAGAGCAGCUGAAAGCAGAGCAGUGCUGAGAAAAUCUACAAAGCAAUGAUUAAACCUAUGUUUACGUAUUGUGGAACUUUGGGUCUCAGUUUGUCACCUUCCCGUAAAAGUCGAAGGAAAGGCUUGAACGUCAAAGUAGAAAGUCACUGAUGGAAAUUAUCAAGUCCAGACAGUGGAGUUUAAUAAAGAGACAGUCCUGCCAGCUUGUGUUUGACUGUCUUCAGGAUAACGUCUGUACCCCUUUUAAAGGAUAUUUUACAAAAAUUGAACACAACAUUAACACUAGAAACAAUGGGUGUUCACUAAAACUUCCCAAAGCCAAAAUAGAAUUUGGACGGAGAAGUUUUGCCUUUCAAGGGGCUCUGCACUGAUUUCUACUGUAAAUAUCAAAUUGCAUGGGCUAAUGGGAUUUGUAAAUUCUCUUCGGUUGCGUACCAUUAAAAGAGAAUUGAUUUCUGUUCGCGAUUAUUUUAGCUGUUGAUUACUUGUGAGAUCACUGUCAGAUGCUUUGAAUGAUUAUGACGCCAAGUAUUUCUGGAAAGCAAUUGUAUGUUUAAUACGUGCGGAUUGGAAUUGGUAUUUUGGUAGAAAUAUAGGCUGUUUCGAGUCAACCCCGGUCGUUACUCUUCCUUUUCUGCGAGAAAGUUUAAGUUUAUAGUUUUCUUUUAUUAUUUUUCUCGGCCUCGUAGGAAGGUUGUGGAGUUUUGGGGGUUGGUUCCUACCCAGGUUUCCUCUUUUUUCCCGCCCUUUUCGCGGCUUUUUUGUAGGGUUUUUUUCUGGCCUCCGUCUCUUGUAGAUACGUAUCCAAAACUCCGUUAAUUUUCCUUGAUGUAUUCUGUUAAGUAUUUUUCAAAAUUUGGUUUUUUACGUUCAGUUUGGUCUUCAAAUAAAGCGUAGCGGCCUACUAAGGCACAAUAAACCAGAAAUGUAUAUAUGUUAGUUGUUAUUUGUGUGUUGUUAGGUAGCUGUUGUUAAGAACGGAAUUAAUAAGUUAGAUAUUGCAAUGGUACAGCACCUCACACUUUCUUCCGGUUCUCGAGCUGAACUACACCUGUCUGUCUUCUUUUUUACAAUUCGACAGCGCUCGUGUUAAUCUAUACUCCAUAAAUCCCCUGUGGUUUUUAUAUUUUUUAAUCACGCGCUCGAUGAUCUCUGAAAAGAAAAGAGAGGGUCUGUGAACAGGCUAACUGCUAAGCCAGGUUCUUCGGUACCAGUGGAGGAAAUAGAGUUUAAAACAUCUGUGCAAAGCGGUAACACAAGCGGGAGAGUUGAAACAACAUUAUUGCAAAAGUUAUCCCCCCAAAAAAUCCAAGCAAAUUCUAAAAUGUAUUUGAAACACAUGCCCACUCCAACCCUGAGUUUGAAAAAUUUACCCCCCCCCCCGCCCCCCCCACCCAUAAAGAACGUACAACCCCCCCUAAAUAAGACAUGAGUGAACCAUGACCAUCGGUCCCGACCCGGUUAAAAAUAAUAAACUUUAUAAUCGGCAAACAGGGUUUCUUUUUGAUUAAAGUAAAUUUACCCCCCCCCCGCUCCCCCCAGCCAUAAAGAACGUACAGUCCCCUCUAAAUAAGACAUGAGUGAACCAUGAUCAUCGGUCGCGAACCGGUUAAAAAUAAUGAUCUUUAUAAUCGGCAAAUAUGGUUUCGUUUUGAAUAAAGUAAAUUUUGGACAAGGAAGUGCUUCAGUCAAAUUUGAUACCAUUACUAUUGCGCAACUUUAUCGCGCUUACAAUUGUAGGGAAUUUCAUCCGAAGCUGGGGUAUUUUCGAUGGCGUUCCCUAAGAACUACCCAUUUCUUGUGCUUAUCUUGUUUCCUUGUUCUCUCUGUGUAGUUCAUGCAUUGAAUUACGCUACGUUUUCUACUGGCAACGGAAAUUUCAUGUUGCAUUAGACCCAUAGCAACAACAAGCUGAUCUUCAACAAGACUUGUAAAGCAACCGGCUAUUGUGCAGUAGGUUUUACAGAAACUGCUACCGGUAGAAAUAUCAUCGGGAAAUGUAUGAUAUCGCUGCCGGCUUUUUCGUUAGUUCAAUAACCACACCAGUAUUCAAUGACCACACAUUAGCACAAAUACGUUUGAGUUUUUUUUUUUAGUAUAAAUGUGUAGCAUUAAGUAAGUGGUAAAUACUCAUUUAGCAACUGACAAUACAAGAACUAAGUGAGAAAUACAGUAGCUAUCAAUGGUACACUGUUAUUAAGUUCUAGUGAGCUGUAAACAGCAACGUAGACUGAUAGUAAUUUAAGAGUUAUAGUCUGCGCAGAACGUCAGUCAGUCUCAUCAGGGGCACAGUGAACAGAACUUGAGAGAGAGUCAAUGCUGCCAAGGGAAAGCUAACUCGGCCCAGAGGAAACUUCACCACUAAAUAACCGAAAAAAACGCGCGUUUCUAUUCAAGAAAUCAACCAUACUCUUGUCAAUUGCUUAUAAUAAACAAAAGCUCCUGACCAAUCAGGAUGUGACAAUUUCUGCAUUUUAUUUCAAAAGACAAAUAUAGAGCUGACCUUAACUUUAUCAAUGUAAACUUGCAACGUAAAAUUUGUGCUGUAAUAUUUUUGUUUAUUGUAUCUUUUGUUAAUGUCCGUUCUUAGAAGAUGUGAGGAUUUAAUCUUUACUGCUAGAGUUUUUACGAUUUGAAGCUAACUGAAAACGGAAAGUGAUAUAUUACUAUUCACGCUAAAGCUUACACACGUUUAGUCAAUCCAUACUUUCGCUUCAUAGCUAGGCUGAUAAUAUUUACUGACUCUGUAUUUAGCCUAAAUGAAAGUAAAAGUUAAAGGAGCCGUGUCGGCACGAGUUUUACCAAAUUUUAACGUGGGAACUGCCAUCAAAUUGAGUGAAACAUAAAAAUAGUCGCUCAAAACUUUACAAUACUUAUAGCACAGCAAGUGCACAAGUAGACACGAAUGGACAAACUUGAAAAAGAUUAAACAGGUGAAAUUGUGGGUUUUUGAAAACUUGUUGACCUAGCAGGUUUUUCUCCUAAAAGUAAUUUUUGCUGUUUGUAACGUAUGAUAUAAUACUGGGGACGUAUAUUUGUAGGAGAGGAAGCUGUUUUAAUCAUAAUCGCGAGAAAAAUGUUUUCAAAAAAACGAAACCCUAACAGGUCGUGAAAAGGCAAAAAACUAAACAAUAUUUAACACUUCCGAUAAUCACCUUUAAUAAUGCAAAUACAUUUAUUAUGCAUGUAAUUUAUUUUGAGGGGACUUAUACCAGUGUUUCAGUCAGUUUGGGUUUCAUUACCAUUACGCGGCUUUAUCCGCUAUAUUCGUUCAGGGAAUUUCAUCCGAAGCGAGGGUUGUUUCGAUGGCGUUCGCCAAGAACUACGCAUUCUUUAUGCUUAUCUUGUUUCCUUGUUCUCUACAUGUAGUUCAUGCAUUGAAUUACGCUAUGUUUAAUUCUCCUGGCGGCAAUUUCAUGUUGCACUGGACCUAUAGCAACAACAAGCUGAUCUUCAACAUGACCUGUAAAGCAACCGGCUGGUGUGCAGUGGGUUUUACAGAAAAUAAUGGCGGUGAAGGUAUGAUAAACUACGAUAUCGCUGCCGGCGGGGUCUCUGCUGAUAACACAUCUUAUCUUGAGGUAGGUUUGUAUAACGUGACCGGUUGUACCUUUCGGUAGUCAAGUAAACUAUAAGUAAAUUGAUCGUUUACCUGGUUGCUAGAGAAAGAUUGCUUGGAUGAACAGUUUGACGGUGAUGUGCGCCGCGGGGAUCUAGACUUGACUUCGCCUUCAGAAUAAUUAUUUUUCUCAAAUACGGAGUAGAAAGCAACAAUUUACACACUCAGAAAGACAGUGUUGCAUCUUGGCUGUCUUGGUAAAACAAAAUUUUACUUUUUAAAUAAUUUCCAGUUGAUUACCAAGAUACCCACUAUCUUUUCAGUCUAUUUACAGUUGAAGACGAUGUAGAAUGAUUUUAAUUUGAAUUAAAAGUGCUUAGCUCGAAAAGCAUAGUGUUCAACAAAACCAAAGCUAGCAUUGACUGAAUUGGGGUUAGUGCAGCAUGAAACAUCUGCACGUCCGCCUUAUAUUUAUUCCUAUCGCGUGCCAAUUACGCUAAAUAUUUCUGCGGACAUUUUGGACUUUUAGACCUCAGAACAUUCGCGUCUUAAAUCCAGUUCUCAGCUAUUGCUGCAGCCAAAUAACUCAUGUCAGAAACAAAAAUCAGUCGGGACACAAAGCACUUUUUACGGAUUUUAAGGGAAUAUUGAAGACUCUAUCAUUUCUAUUCUUUGUACGAGGAAAAAUAUCUGCCUCAGGGUGUAUAUGACGCAGGCCCCUUAGUCUACUUUUUUUUCUUCUAAAAAAUUUUGUUUAAGUUGAUUUAGCACCACAGAAGGAUUCUUUUAACUUAUGCUCACCUGAAUUAUCCAAAUUAUAAAAACGGAACAUAAAACCUUCCCAGUAUAUUCCUGUUGACAAAAGUGACAAAAAGAAGUGACUUGUGUAAAAGAACUUAUUAAAAUGUUCACUCAAGCCUCGAUCACGCAUCACAAUCUUGCUUAGGGCGAGCGCGGGGGAUUGUUAUUCCUGCUGUAAAAGUUACGGAUGGAUUUAAUCUAUGAAAGGAAAAAAAGGGGUUAAAACUCAUUUAAAAGAGCGUACUGAAAUUUUUCUGCGCCUCUCGAUACAUGACAAUGACGUGCGGCAUGAUAUGAAAUGCUUGCAAUUCACUUGGCGCAGAACCAAUCGUGAAAGUUCUUUAUAAGCAUUGUUUUCGAGAAGCUAGGAGAAAAAGGCUGUCAGAGAACGAAAGAUUUAUUUGCUUUACUCUGAAAGACAAUUUUCGUUAACAUGAAGUCUUUUUAAAUUCACGAUUUCGUAUCCGCAAAGUUUCAUUCUUUACUGGGUUAGUUUUGUAUGAUUGUUUCUGAUGCAAAAAUAUCUUGUAAGCCUCAGUUCAAACAAUUUUUUUUUUUGCGAUUCUAAAAUCCAUAGUUAAGCCGGGUAUUGGGUAUAGACGGAGAAAAUAUAUUUGAAAAUAUAAAAAACUGAAAAAAAUAUUUGACUGGAGUUCUCAGGGAAAUUUUUUUAAAAAUGUUAUAAAAGUGUGAAAAAAUUGUAAUCUAUAAAGCUACGGUAAAAUGGGCAACAAACACGUGCAACUUGUUUCGCAACAUUGCUGCAGAACGUGUUGACAAGCAUGUUGCGCGUUUUACCACCCACGUUCAAACCUGUAUUGAAACAAAUAAAGGUUGCUGCAAGUUGAAUAAAUACUGACUUCUGAUUGGAUAAGAUUAUGCGGGAGUCACGCUAUACAAAGGCGUUACGUUACUUGCUGCAAAACAAGUUUGCCUUGGGCCGGUAAAACGCGCAGCAUAGACAGAAGCAAAAAGUAAAACUUUCUGCAAAAACUUUUCGCAACCUGUAACAAUCUGAUUUGUUGCAAGACUGUGAGAUUUGAACGUGGGUGAUAAAAAAAGGGCAACAUUGCUUUUCAACUCCUUUUGCUGCAAUGUUGCAAAACAAGUUGCAUCUUUAUGUGCCCGUUUUACAGUACCUUAACCAAAUAUAGGUGAGCAUGAAUCAGUUUAAUACUUUCAAAUUCAAAAUUUUCAGUACGUUAAUAAAAAACCAGCCAUGGUAGUGCUUUAUUUUUGUUCCGGUAAUGAAAGACAUCUUUGGAAUUUACAUAAGGCCCGUUGGUUUGACGCACUCUGAAAUAUUGCACGUUUUUCAUAUUGCUCUAGUAGAGCAGAUCAGUCUAAAACAAAUCUUUGGGAGUCGCGCGAAAUGAAAAUGAUUUAAAGUCUUUAAUAUCCCAACUUUUGAAUACCAAGAACAAAAAGACCGACUCGACAAGUGACCGUUCUGCAUAGUUCGCCAUCUUUCUGGAACAUUACGAAAUAACUCCGACCUCUUAGGCCUUUUUGGGCUUGUUAUCUUGCAAAUAAAUUCAUCAUCCCCUGGAAAGGCAGAUAUUCCCUUAUUUGGCGCAACUUGAACAGGGUGUCUUUUAUUUCUACCGGAAGCCCUAAAAGAAUGUGAAGAAUGGCAAUGAGCGGUCUAAAUGUGUGGUACCAACAAUUAUUUACCAAACAAUUCAAGUUCAUGAUAGCAGUUUAAAAACUAUUUUUCUUUUGUACUGAACCGAAGGAGGAGAGGCAUCACUGCCCACACUAGUCUGUUUACUGAACUUGUUACUGAAUAGAAAUUUCUUUGUUUAUGGCAUUCCAUACGAUAAUAAACAAUUAUUGGUUCACGGAGGUUUUUGUGAUAUCUGGAAUAAGAAUUAGAAGGUCGAGGUAAGUGUUAUCAGCCGAGCCCAAGGCCGGUGCUGAUAACACUUACCGAGACCUUGAUUAUAUAGGAUGUCUCAAACACAGAAUCUAACAAUUGAUUUAUUAUACAUUGUUUUGAAAACAAAACCACAAACACACCGUCGCAAGGAACCUGAAUUGAUGUUGUUACAGGAAAUCAUACAUUGCGCUCGCAACCUACAGAUUAGACAGUUAUCUGCUAGCAGAUAACUAACUAAUCUGUAGGUGCGCUGGUUUCUAAAAUUAGCGGUAGGCUCUUAGCCAAUGAGAAGCCAGUUAGUGAGUACAAUGUAUAAUAACGUCAUUUAUCUGUUUACAACAUUCACCGGUCGGGAGUUUAUCUACUCUGGAGACCGUUUACGAAUUUAAAAAUCCUUCAGCCCUUAGCAAGAUCGCUUGAAAUCUUCUCAAACGUUCAAGUGUCAACGCAUACGUUUCAAUUUCAAUUAACCAAAGUUAGCCAAGCCUAAAAGCGGAGUUCCAAGAAACGUCAAGGAAACACAAAGAAUGUUCUCUGCAAAGUAGAAAACGCAAAAAAUCUCUUGAAAUUAUGCCUUUACCAAUAAAUCCAAGCAGAAUUUUAGAAUGAACGCUUACGAAAUAAAAACAAGUUGGUAAUAUAAAGUAAAAACAGACGUAAUUAUUUAUGCAAAUGCAAACUUCCUCUACAAGCAUUAUUAAGUCACUGUGUGAGCGCUUGUUUAAAUUACAGCCGAAGCUCUUGUAAGCAACCACUAGUUUUAUAAAUUCGAUGAGUGAUCGUAAUUAGAGCUGAUUACGAGAAUGAGCUGUCGUAAGCGACCGCAUGGUGAAACACUCGAGGGUGGUGUUAUUAAUAAUUCGUAAAGGAAAAAACAAAAAAAUUAUAUUUAGUUAGUGUCUUUAUAUCUGACAUAGACACGGCUAAACUUUACUUCCAAUUACAACUUACACCAAAAUAACCCAAACUGACUGUAUAUGUGACCUACAGGAUUACUGGAGCACCAACACGUCAGCACCAUCAAAAGAUGCUGUUAACAACUUUGAGCUCGUUGAAGCCAAGGAGAUGGGUGGAUAUACCAACGUUCAAUUUGAAAGAAAUUUGACGACAGGAGAAUCAAACUUAGAUGUUCAGUUUACGGUAAGGUUGUACAACAAAUAAUAUGUGAGAGUGAACUCUGUAACUAGUCUUUACAGUAAAACUUAUAGGGGAGCUACGACUAAGUUUUACUUUUAAUACUAAAGAUACAUGCGUGAAGGCCUAAGUAAAAUUUCAAGUUCUUUUACUUUGCAUCUUAUUGAAGUCGGAAAGUUAAAACGAUUCAAAAAAAUUUUCAAUUUUUUUUAGGUCUUGUUUACAAGGAGGAAGGGUAACCCUGGUUCAUUGGUUACCUUAACACAUGCACAUUUAUUUCUUUUUUACACGACGUGUUUACAAGAGGGUUACCCUAACAAGAGGGUUACCCUAAAGGCUACCUGCCUUGUAAACGCUUUGCUAGGGAUAACUCGCCCACCCGGGACAACUUUCCUCCGUCAUGCUUUGACCAGUAAUUUUGACAAUUUAAACGGAAUUAUCCAAUUUGUGAGCUAAAUUAUAAACAUCUGAACAUAGUAAGGUAUGUUCUGUAUACGAUGAUAAUAUUUUUCCGUUUUUCGUGAAUUUAGCGUGUUUUUCAUAGUUUUAUUUCAAAUCUUGGACGUUACAAAGAAUGUCACGCAUCACGAAACACGUCAGUAAAGCUAGUAAAGUUGACCGGGGUGAUAGGGUAACCUAGCUUAACUUGUAAACCAGAGCCCAGUUGUUCAAAAAUGGGUUAAGAUAACCCAGGGUUAGUGCGAGAUUUGAAUUCAGAUUUGAAAGCUUAAAAAGCAUUUCAGUUUUAAUUCUUGUUGUCUACAAGUUGAUGAUUGGAAGCUCUAAAAAUAGCACAGAAAAUUAUACAAGAAAAUGCUUUUGAACACAAGAAAAAGAAACCCAGGUCAAGCGCUAAUCGGCCUUCGAACAACUCGGCCCAGAAGACUAAAUUUAACCCGCUUAAGCUUUGUUUUAGGGAAAGCAUGUCAAUCAGUCUUAAUCAUAUUGCGAGGGGAAAAAAGCCUCAAGGUAAAAAAGAAUCAUUUGCGGCUGAAGCUUUAUUUUACUUGAAGAGUAAAUUUCCUUGUCUUGAAAUAUUUCUUAGUAAUCGAGAAAACAAAUUAAAAUUUUCCUUCAGAAAACACGUUUAAAAUUCGGCUAUGAAAUCGCAACAAGUGCACCUUAUGUGUACUGUAGGUUAUUCGUCAUUUCCACCCCUUUAAUUUCAAAAAAACUGCGAAACAUUGUCAAUUAAUUAUUUUCAGUUUUAAGUUACUGCUGGCUUUUUAUAUAGUUACUUUCUUUGUCUACCUUUGGAUUUCAGAUGAAUACUGAAGUCCUGAGAACUGAAAAAUUAAAUAACAUUUUGCUGCUUUUAUUACUGUAUCACAUUAAAGUUUUACGGGUAAAGCACUUGAACCCAGGAUUCAGGUUAUUCAUCAUUUCCAUAUCUUUAAUUUUCAAUAGUUUACUUGGAAAAUUUGUCGAUUAAUAGUUUUCAGUUAUGAGUUACUGCCGGCUUUUUACAUGGUUACUUUCUUUGUCUACCUUUGGAUUUCAGAACAAUACUGAAGUCUAUAUUGUCUGGGCUAUGCACUCAACUAUGGAUGCCAAGCCAGCGUCGGGAACUUUAAGCCCAAAGCACAGUAUCAAGGGAAAAUCAGGAAAUGCGCGAAACCUGACCGCUGAGGCCAUGGCUGCAGCGAUGACACCUACCACCACUACCAUGAUAGUGCCAUCCACAUCUGUUGUUUCUACGCCUCAACCAACAGGUAAUGACAGAUGUCAAUAUAGAUAAUCAAGAGACUAUAAAGGGGACAGAGAGGGCAUCCCCCAUAUACACCCUAUUCCAUAGGUAAUUCGUCUCGAGUUAUUUUUAACAACACAGAUCUCAAGGGGGAUUAGACAACAGCCAAUCACAUAGCGCGAAUGUGUUCCGCGUGGAUGACCCACGCAGAGAGCCACGCGUCCUUCAGGAAAUGACGCAGAACAAAAUGGGGGAAGACGCGGAGAGCGAUUUUGCUAUUCCUUUUGUCGACGAAAACGACUACAGCGAGAUUUCUGCGAAAGCUGUGUCAGCGAAACCGAAAUUAAAAAAGAAUCGCCCUUCCUCUCUUGUAUAGAGCUAACAGUAGAGCAGGGAAAUCCUUAACACACUGAAUAUUCUCUCAGGAUCAUUUAUAAUUUACAGUUUGAAGAGAGCAAUUUCUGGUUUGAUGUUUAUUUUUUUCAGUCUUUAUAGCGAUUAUUCCUACCCACUUACUUUGUCAAUUGUAGGCGAACCCUCCUAAAGCUGAAUUUCAAGGGACCAUAUUCAAGCUCAGAAAGAGAAAUAAAAUUUCGUCGUUGCUUAUUUACGUCCUCCAUAAAACGCGAAAUUAGGCAUUUUCACGUCGUAGUCGUGCAAAAACGGGAAAGAAAUGAACAAAAAAGUGUGUUGCACGUGCGAAGUUGUUGUUUUGCUAAUUAAACCUAUUGUUUUUUUGACGUUCUAGUUGUCGUCCGCGUCGUUGGAUCUUAAACUCCCUAAAUUGUACAAACGACCGGUUUCAAUAGACCGGCGAAAUUUCUCAUUUUAUUAAAGCACUGAGGUUACGACAACUUCGAGUUAAACUGAUUUCACGGGUUGUCAAAGAGUCCAGCGAUUCCUUUUUCCCAGGUGAGCGCCGACUCAUUUCGCUUCAAUAUUCAGGAAUGCUCUCGAUCUUUUUACGCUUUCAUUGCCUCUCGCCCGACAUGUUUUGCACGGCGUUUGGUCAUGCGAAACCUCCACGAAACAUCCACGCCUCGCGCGAGGUAACUUUAUCCCGAUUCUAAAAAUAACUCGAGACGAAUUACCUAUGGAAUAGGGUGUAUAGGGGGGAUGCCCUCUCUGUCCCCUUUAUAGUCUCUUGAGAUAAUACAGUCUCAGAUUCUAAUUAACUUGAUUACUUCCCGCAAUUGCUGGCAGUGGAACCUCGAUAUAACAAAGGGCCAAGGAACUGGCAAAAUUUGUUUUCUAUAACAAGGUUUAGUUAUAUCGAAGUUCGUUUUCAUAUAUUUUACUAUUACUGAGGUAAAGAAAAUCGUUCGUUAUAUCGAGGAAAUCCUUACAUAGAGGUUCGUUAUAUCGAGGUUCCACGGUGACUUUUCGGGCCCGAAAUCAAAUUUUCAAAUCGAAAUAAAACGAAUAAGAGCACGGGUCCUGGCUAGCAAACUUCUCCAUUUUGUUUCAUUAACUGAUGUUUUCAUCUUGUUAAAUGCCAAACUAUUGAAACCUUUAUCUUGCUGGAAGCAACAACAGCUUUACGAGCCCGUUGAUUAUCGGGACUUUCGAGAAACGGGUCCCAGGACAUAUUGAUACUGAAAUUGAUUUUGUCUCAGGCAACGCUUGAGGGGACUAAAUAACACUUUUAAUUACUCGUUUGACCAAAAUAAAUCUCCAUUUCCGAUUGGCUAAAAUCGCAGGCAUAAUUCAUGAUAAUCAGCUUCUGUUGACCAGAAUUCUGUAGAAGUCUUCAUAUCCUACUUAGCCUUAUUCAUAGCCUGGCAAAACAGCCGUCACUCCUCGCUACUCGCCGCUGGGGACUUUUCGCGAGGAGGAAUGUCUGCGACUCAGCGACAGAAAUUCCAUACUGAGACGUACUCUGAGACGGUUUCGCUACUUGUCUAGUUCGCUACGUUCGAGUUCGCUACAUGUUCGCUACUAACAUCCAAUGUCGUGCCGAAAUGUUUGGCCGAGAGGUUUUGGUGCACGUCCCAGUCCUUACAAGUCCGAAUACCUGUUCACUUUUCAUUAAAGUGUGGCACAAAUAGCCUCACCCACAAGUAGUUCGGGAAUACGUUUUGGCAACUUUUGCCGUUUUUGCUUUUGAUUUUGAUUUUGGGAGCAACUGGAUUAAAAAUUUAGCAACUUAUGGUAAUACUCCUUAAGCCUUGUAAACAUCCUGAAAAAGAAAAUUUGAGUGUUUUAGAUAAUUUUUUAACAACGUGGGAAGUCCUUCACAUUCAUCAAAUAUUGUGCCGUAGUGUUUGGCCAAGAGGUUUUGGUGCACGUCCCAGUUCUCACUCUUGAAUUCUUUACUCCCGUUCAGUGGGUUCCAGUACUUGCUCCUACUUUAUCACUUCCGAUAAGGUCCGAAUACCUGUUCAUUCUGCAUUAAAGUGUGACACAAAUAGCCUCAACCACAAUUUUCUUGGCGACUUUCUGACAACUUCUGCUAUGUGGAGGAGCCUUUGAUUUUGGGAGCAACUUGAUUAAAUUUUUAGCGACUUAUAGGAAAAACGAAGUCCUCUAAUACUGCUUAAGCCUUGUAAAACAUCCUAAAAAAGAAAAUUUCAGUGUUUUGAUGUUAGAGAUAACAAAUAACAACGUGAGAAUUUAACCCUGUGCGCAAACCCCCCCCCCCUCCCCCAUACACACACACACACUCAUCCCCUUCUUUAAGUGGACUACCCGGGGUUUGAGAUCAAUGGUUUGGAAAUGGAACCACGCUUUUCAAAAUGGCGACAAACAUCUGACUUCUCCGCCUUUGAAUGAAAAAUAACCCUAGCAAAACAGAAGAAUACUUGCACAAUGAAACCUAAAGAGAAAAAGAUUUUGGUCUGAGAGGAUUUUCGUUUCAGAAAGUUCAGUUGUCAGAAGAAAAAAUGAUAUUUCACACUUGCUGUACAUUUAAACGUUACCCGCCGUAGAUUUUUAAAAGAAUUUUGGAGAAAUUUUUAAGUAAAUUUGGAGCAACUGGAGGCCGAGGCUAGGAAAAAAUCUAUCCGAUAAGUGACGCUCCACUUGAUCGAAGGGGAUGCAUGCGCGCAGCUUCGCUCCGUUACAGAAAUCGCGUCGAAAUCACCGUUUGAUAUGUGAACAGAAAUUCUAUCCGGUAUGAUUUUUGUGCCGACGCCAGGGCUAUCAGGUUUUGUGUGAAUAUGGCCUCAAUCACUCCAGCCAAACAUUUUUAAAUCAUCACGACUUCGUAGCCGGAAUUCUUCUUCUCGUAACAGAAAGUGUUUAUUACCAUUAUCAUUAUCAUUAUCAUCAUUAUCAUUCACUGUUUAAUUUUCUUUUUGUUAGACGCUCUUUUAAUUCCCAACGCCGUAGUCGUUAGUGGGAGCAUCACGAUCCUGAUUCACAGCCUACUGUAGAUAGUUGAUAAUCAGGACCGUGUAAAUUCGUACAUUCGGUCGCGCGUGAUAAAUGACCAUUUACUGGUGUAGGGUUGAAAUAGUUAUUUAUCCUGGUCGAAAUGUUUUUCUGUCAUUUCAGCUGCGGCUACAUUUUGAAUUCAAAAUAUUUGUUUUUAGCCCCAAAAAUGAGGCCCAUUUUGGCAGUUAAAUAAUAACAAUAACUUUUUUGAGGCCUUAUUUUGCUAUCUAAACUCAGGGAAAAUUGCUUUUUCUUCAGGAAUAACACCUACCACCAGUACCAUGGUAGUGCCUUCUUCCUCAACUGUUUCUACGCCUCAAUCAACAGGUAAUGUAGACUAGCAAAUAUUCAUUUCUGUUAAUCUAAUUGUAAGAACAAGUUAUAGCUAAUCAAGAUUUACCUUGUUCCUCCAAUAUUAUAAAAAGCGAGUUGUUGACAUUGUUUACCAGGCAUAUUGUCAGUAAACUUUAAAAAAAAACUUUGUCUUCUCUCAGAGCCGGGGAAAAUGAAAAAAUUAAAACGAACAUUUUAAUGAAAGAGUUACUCGUCUAUGUCUUAUUUAAUCAUGAUUACUUGUGUCAAGACCGCCAAUUAUAAAUUUCAGCGAUCCAGCUUUAAAAUAACAAAUAUCAAGGGAGGAUGACGAUAUAUGUAUAAGAGAUGGACAAAGACUUGUUACUGUAUAAACCCUGUUUCAACAAGACACUGCAUCUGAUCUGAACAUUGACUAUAUGGAAGGUUCUAAUACAGAUACCAAAACUGAGCUUAUGCCAGACAAAAACUUGGAAAAUCUUGGAAAAUAUGUGAAGAACUGCAAAUAAUAAAAAAUGUUUAAAAAAGAUAUGAGUUAAAACAUUAUGAUUCAGGCCAUGAGCUACCAAGGAGAAUUAUUAUUGAAAAACAAUCUUGAUUUUUAAUAUGUUCACUGACAUUCAGGAGAGAAUGAGCACAUUUUCUCUUGUUGUAUCUUAUUCCUGACCUAACUGUGUCAAUACCAAAAUGCGUGAAUCUGAUUGUUUUUAACAGCACAUCAUAUAGCUUAAUUUUGCUAUUGUAACUUCAAAACCGUCCGAUUACCAGGAGCUUGUAAUCGGACAGGUCAGACAGGUCAAAAGGACCGUUAAAGAACCAAUGAAAAUCAAUUUUAAGCAGCAAAUGCCACUAACCAAUGAAAUUUAACUACAUAGCACACGAUAACCAAUCAAAAUCAAUGAAAACAUUGUGACCAGGUAUUUUAGGGACUGUGCAAUAAUUACCUGGAGGGGUGGGUUGGAAAAUGAGAGAGGGGGGCGUAGGAGAAAAUAACAACAAGAGAGAGGUGGGGUCGGAUGUAAAAUUUAAUACAUACAGGGGGGGCAUUACUUUUUCAUUCCUUUUUGCAAACUGGAAAAGUAGUAGAAGAGUUAUUAGAGUUCAAAUAUAAAUACUAACUGGAAUAAAACUGACAAAUUUAUUAACUCUAAGGUGUUCUGAUCUAUGAACUGUUGUUUUCCCAUCUGUCAUGCAGUAGGAAAGGAAUGCCUCUGUUAUAUAUGUUAAAACAGUGCUACUUUAUUUGCACUAGGACUUAAUAAAACAGGAAACUUUAAUUAAAAGUUGCAAAAGUAGCAGUAUAAUGUUAUUCAAUAAAAAAGAAAGAUGCCAAUGUUAGCACACAUGGCAUCAUAAUUUAGUAGAAUGAAAAACCCAACUGUUGAAAUUUUAAUAGCAAUACAAAUUUUAAAGUAAUACGUCCGCACUAUACUAUCUGAGAGCCUGGCACAGGCUACACCAAGACCCAAACGAAAACAAAACCAAAUGAUCUCCGAGAGACUAGACAACCAUUAAAAGGAAAAAAUAGGCCACAGUUUCAACGCAUGUUGGAGCCUGUGAGCGAAAUAUUUGGGAUAUAUAACAAGUUUAACAAAUUGAUAAAUAAACAUGCACCUAUGAAAACAAUUUCAAACCGCAAAGCAAAACAGCUCUCUAAACCAUGGAUUACCAAAGGUAUAAGAAUCUCCAUUAAAGUUGAAAGUAAGUUAUAUGCGUCUGGUAACACCGCCAACUAUAAAAUCUGUAGGAACAAAAUUUGUACCUUAACGCGUUUAAGUAAUUUUUUCUAAAUUUGUUAAUGAUAACUUAACUACUAUGGAAAAAACAUGGGACGGAAUAAAUAAUGUACUUGCCCGUACAUUGAAGAACACAAAACCUAUAACUGUUAUUAAAGACCCUAAUAACAAUGAUUCUGUCACCAUUGACCUAAGUACAAUAGCCGACGUUCUUAAUGACCAUUUCGCUUCUGUUCGACCUAAACCCGCAAAUACGUUAGAAACCGUUCAGCGUAAUUAUUUUGAUUAUACGAACGGAUCUAACUCUCGUGACUCUUCGUUUGCUUUCAACCUACAAUACUCGUCACAAAUUGUUGAAACAGGAUUCAUUUGUCUUGAAUUUUCUCCAAAUUUCUUACAUUUACUCCUCACACCUUUGUUCUCACUCAAAUGUGUCCCUCUCCUUCCACAAUGUUGAGCCGAGCGUAUUUUGGACCACUGAAAUGACUGCAAGCCCAAAUCAACAUUGGGGAGGGGAAAAUCACACAAGUGUUUCAAGAUUUGUGACAAGGAUUGUAGUUACCCCAAACUGUUAACUGUUGUCAUUUAUUAUUAGUAAUAAAGUUAGCUUAUCAGUAGUCUUCAGUCAUUGUUGUCAAUUUUAGUUUUUUUAGUUCUCUUGUUACUUUUAGUUGUAUUUAAAUGUAUUUAUUUCCUGUAAACAUGACCCGCCUAGAUUAGCUAAGCUACCUGCGGGCAUGUUAUAAUUGUACUUUUAGCUCAAAACACAAUAAAAAAUGCAUGUAUGUAUAAGAUCGUGUAAGUCACACGAAUAGUACAUUAUUUUAGCGUUUUGGUAAGAAACAGUUUUCUUCAUGAUCUUUUUAAUCCUUAUCUCUUUGUUAAGCAGCCACGACCGUUAGUUUCGGUGAUAAAUUUAUGCUGACUUGGAUAUACAGCAACAACAAGUUGUUUUUCACAUUGAGAUGCAAAACCACUGGUUGGUGUGCAGUUGCCUUUACAACAGGGGAUGGUAGCGGCAUGAAGAAUUACGACAUUGCCUUGGGCGGGGUCGCUUCCAACGGCAACUAUCUUGACGUAAGUAAGAUGGAGUUUCAUUCCCUAUAAGAACUACCCUGCAUGCUUUUGAACAUUUGACGUCCUCCAGAUGGGCUAGUGUAUUGAAUAGCGUUUCCAAAUUUACAGUAAGACCCAAGGAAAUAUUAUUAUUACUAGUGGUUUAUACAACACUGAGAUCACUAUAUAUAUGCAUACAUACUACAUACAUACUUUAUUAACGUGACUAACACUUAGCUAUAAAGCUAGUUUACGGGUCAGUCGAUACAUAGCAACGAUAUAAACUGUUAACAUAGUCUUGAGUCAACAAGGAGAUAGAUAUCGCUUAUAUUUGUGCCUAUACCGCAGCUAUGUAGCGGUAGUUAAGUGCGUAAGUUAGUCCGCAACGGAUACUAAAUGUUCAUAACAACAAAAUCUGCUAUUAUAAAAGAUCUAAAAAACCUUUUAUGUCGUCAAAAAAAGAUUCUUAAAUAAAACAAUUCAAAACGCAGUUUUUAAGACAAGAUCUCCGAACAAGAAAAACCUGGUUAGAUUAGAAAAGCGAACGAUCCACUGAGCGUGAAAAUGAGGACGUAAGUGAAUAGAAAUAAGGAGACUAAGGAGACUAAGGAUACUAUAGACAGUGUUCGUAUGUUGGCUGAAGAGAAAGACAUCAUGACCUUGAAAAUCGUGCGUAAAAGGCCAUACCAACAGUCCAAUAAUGGGCAACAGGUCUCAGAAAUAUCGCACACAGCACGAAGUUCUAAUUUAAGAUUUAAUACCGUAAAAAGUGACGGCCUGUGUUAAAGAGGUAAAUAAGAGACUUUGUUUCUUUACCCGUAGGAUUACUGGAGCACCUCAACGACAAAACCAUCAAAGGAUAGUGCAAAUAACUUUGUUAUUAGAACUGCAACCGAGGCUGGUGGAUAUACAACAGUGCAGUUUGAGAGAGAUCCAGAGACAAGCGACACUGAUAACGAUGUUCAGUUUAAGGUAAGUUCUUCCUUUUUUGAAAUUCCAUCUCCGGGUGGGACCGUGGACACCAAUUCCCAUACGCCCCACCCGGAGAUGGAAAGGAGCGGGAGUUCGGGUACAAAAGCGAGCCAUCCCUACGGGGAGGAAGUGCGCCAACCUGUUUACAGGUGUCCGUGUCAACGAAGAGAAGGAAAAACAGGAUAAAAUACGUCUAUUUACACUAAAUUCGUAAAUAUUGUGUACAGCCGGUUUUCCUGUGGAUCCACAGAUAGCGGAAUUAAAUACACAGGUCCAAAAGGCAAAGGGGCGUUUGUUUGUGACGGCCCCGAGUGAGAAUAGGCAUCCAAGUUAAAUUUAGUCCUCGACUAUAGGGAGAAAAGUAGUCUUCCCUGGACAGAGGGUUACCUUCCUAGCCGAGUCAUCUUUAGCGCGGAGCCAUGAACAAACCAAGAGCUGACAACAGCGCAAGUGCAUGCCUGCCUUGACUGAAUUGGCCCGGCUUGACGAGCCAACUUGAUUAUAUGGAGAAACGUUGACCUGACCAACGAAAUAUGUAACCUGGAUAGGCCUGUCAUCCUACCAGCCGAGCCAACUCUUUGAUUCUCGUUAACAGUUCACCAAGUUUUUUAAGGUAAUGUAGGAAGAUUUGGCUGGCCCAAGCUCGGGUAGCCAAGUGACCCUUCUAUCUCUGACAAGUCUUCUCCAUACAUACAUAAAUUACAUGUUUUAUUUGGAUUCUUAGCCCGUGGGGGGGGGGUUCUUGGGUUAAUUUUUCCUGGGUAUGUGCCGCUGGCCUCUGAUAGCCCCUACUCCAUUAUAGUCUAUUUUGUGGCCAAUUAUAGACCCCAUCUUAGUCACUUUUGGGCAAAUAUGUAAUUUUCGCGAUCCUAACUUACUCACUUUCUAUUUUUAUGAAUUGACCCAUUUUUUAAACUGAAUGAAGAACGCUUUACUUUUCAGCUACAGCACAAACAUUCUGGUACGUUUGCUAACCGUAAAUUUGAAGAACUGUCUUACACCAAAAAAUCCGAAAAUGUGCGACCCCAUUCUAGUAACUCAAUUGAAAAUGCUACCCCAUCCAGCGGCACAUCCCCAUUAGCCUCUUAUAAGGAGGAACCCUCCCUCGCGGGGGCCUUAGGAACUUGCUGCUGUUUCAGAAGUUUGAAAAUAGCAUGAAAUUCUUUACAUAUAUCUUUAUGUAGCCUGGUACUGAAGUCAUGAUUGCGUGGGCCAUGCACAGCUCUAUGGAUGGAAAUAACGAUAUUUCCAGGCACACCGAGAAAGAAGUACUACCAACCAAGUACAUACUGGUCCCAGGUGCGGCAAAUACGCUGAAGUCACGUGUCAUGCUUUCUGCGAUCCUCGCCGCCAUUGUUGUCUAUUUGGUGUCCUAA